AUGCUCGAGGCUAGGAUUAUCAGGACUAGUAACAGUCCUUUUGCAUCCCCCGUAAUUCUAGUUAAGAAGAAAGAUGCCACCUGGAGAUUUUGUGUGGACUACAGGGCACUGAACAAGCUUACCAUCAAGGAAAAAUACCCCAUUCCAAUGAUUGAAGAACUGUUGGAGGAAUUAGUGGGAGCAACAACAUUCUCUAAGAUCGACCUUAGGUCAGGGUAUCACCAAAUUAGAAUGACUGCAGGGGAAGAGUUUAAGAUAGCCUUCAGGACUCACAGUGCCCAUUACGAAUUCCUAGUCAUGCCGUUCGACCUAACCAAUGCCCCAGCUACCUUCCAAAGCCUCAUGAAUGAGGUUUUCAGGGAUCAUUUAAGGAAGUUUAUUCUGGUAUUUUUCGAUGACAUUUUAGUUUAUAGUCGCACCUUAACCGAUCAUUAUAAGCACCUCAAGAUAGUCCUGGAAAUAUUGAGAGGGCAUCAGUUAGUAGCCAAGGCUAACAAAUACCCUCUUAAGAUACAGGCCAUUUCAGAUUGGCCGAUUCCUCUAAGUCUAAAACAGCUAAUGGGGUUUUUGGGACUGACGGGAUAUUAUCGAAGAUUUGUUAAGGGUUAUAGGAGCAUUUCUAAGCCACUUACUUCUCUGUUGAAAAAGGGAGCCAUGGGGUGGAAUGAAGAAGCUGCACAAGCGUUUACCCUCUUGAAGAGCUUAAUGACAAGUGCUCCGGUCUUAGCUUUACCAGAUUUUAACAAGCUAUUCGUAGUGGAAACAGAUGCAUCCAAGGCAGGAAUAGGUGCAGUUCUAAUGCAAGAAGGACAUCCCAUUGCUUUCAUAAGCAAAUGUCUGGGACCGAAACAACAAAGCUUAUCUGUCUAUGAGAGGGAAAUGAUGGGGAAGAAGAAUGUCCUUGUCGAUGCCUUAUCUAGGAUUCCAAGCAAGGACCUAUAUGCUAUGACAACUUCCACUAUUUCUACUAGUUUAAUGGAGGAGAUCAGACAGUCUUAUACCAAUGAUUCCGCCAUUAAGCAUAUCAUUAAGGAUCUACAACAGUCGACAGCUUCUCAUCCACAUUACAUGUGGGUGAACGACCAUCUUAACAGGAAGGGGAAGGUGGUGAUAGGUAACAACGAUGAGCUACGAAUUAAACUUAUAGCUAUGUUUCACAAUUCAGUCACGGAGGGGCACUCAGGAAUGACUGUAACUACUAAGACAGUAGGGAGCUUAUUCUACUGGAAGGGGCAGCAGAAGCAGAUAAGCAUGGAUUUCAUAGAUGGUCUGCCUAAAUCGGAGGGAAAAGAGGUCAUUAUGGUUGUGGUGGAUCGAUUCAGUAAGUAUGCUCAUUGCAUGGCACUAAGUCACCCGUAUUCUGCCCCUAUGGUUGCCAAAGUUUUUAUGGAAAAUGUGUACAAACUCCAUGGGCUACCUGCUUCUAUCACCAGUGACAGAGACCCGGUGUUCCUCAGCAGAUUUUGGAAAGAAUUGUUCAGUAUUCAAGGGGUGAAUCUACACUAUUCUACAGCUUAUCACCCACAGACAGACGGUCAAACAGAGAUAGUUAACAAAAGCAUUAAGCACUACUUGAGAUGCAUGACAGGGGAUAUUCCAAAUCAAUGGGCACGGUGGCUACCUCUAGUUGAGUGGUGGUAUAAUACCAUUUACCACUCGGCCACCAAAAUGACCCCUUACGAAAUAGUUUACGGGUUCCCUCCUUCCAUACACAUCCCAUACUUUCCUAGGGAUUCAACAGUAGCCUCAGUAGAUGAAUACCUAAGCACUAAAGAAGAGGUGAUUAACCGAGUUAGAGGACAUCUGCAAGUUGCUCAGAACAGGAUGAUUAUCAGUGCAAAUAAGAAGCGGAGCGACAUGAGUUUUGAGGUCAAGGACUAUGUUUACCUAAAACUACAGCCAUAUAGACAACAAUCUAUUUCACGCAGAUCAUCACAAAAGUUAGCUGCAAAAUAUUAUGGCCCUUACCAGGUGAUCGCCAAAGUGGGGACUGUAGCCUAUAAGCUUGAUCUGCCAACUUCUUCCAUGAUCCACCCCGUAGCCAUACUGGAAAGACGUAUGACCAGGCGUAACAACCAGGCUGCCACUCAAGUGCUCAUACAUUGGGAAGGGUUACCACCAGCUGAUGCAACGUGGGAAUUCACUGAUGAGUUGAAGCUGAGGUUUCCAACAUUCAACCUUGAGGACAAGGUUGGGUUUGAGGGGGGGGCAAUUGUUAUCAGCGAAAGAGGGAGAGGAAGAAUUCUGAUUUGA